AUGUUGAGUUUCCGUCCCAAAUUGGGGACAGAAAGGAGCAGUGAAUAUCUCUGCUGUUUCUGCCUCCAUGUGAGAACUGGUACCAUUUUGCUAGGAUCAUGGCAUUUGAUUUUACACCUCAUUGCUCUCGGAUUCUUGGUGGCAGUUGUACGAGACCCCAGACUUCUAGAGAAUUUGGAGCGUGAUUCCUCUUCAGUUGCAAACUGGGGCGAUAUUGGAGCCCCCAUGCCCACACCUCUAUCUAAUGUUGAGACUCGUCCAAGCCCAUAUCCUCAACAUGAAGUUCACAUUCGUGAUUACAGCUUCAUUGACCAUGAUGUGGAUGUGGGUGCGCUGGUUACAGUGUGUACACUGGCCAUCACUCUCAUGCUGAUAUACGGAGCGGCUCGUGGCAAGCCAGCACAUCUGCUGCCGUUCUUCUGUCUACUGAUAUUCAAUUUCGCUAUCACUGUGCUAACGGCGACCGGCUAUUUGUGUUACCUUCGCUCCAUACAUCAACUCGUCGCUGAAACACGAUUGGUGCCAUGGCGUGAGGAACUGCUGUCACUGCCGGCGCCCGCUCUUGCUCUUAUAGUGCUCGCCGCUUUAAUGUUCGACGUACUUCUCAAGGGCUAUUGCAUCAGUAUUAUAUGGCGCUGCUACAAGUACCUUACAAUGAGGAGCCACGCUGUUCACAACUUGACACCGUUCGUGAUCUCCAGCGAGGGUACAGUCACACCGGCCUACCCUGCGCCAGAUUACUCAAAUCUGUUGCCCGACUACGAAGAGGCUGUAAAGCAGACACCUCCGCCUUCAUACAGGGUUGCAACGCUGAUGGCUGACAAUAACCAAGCUCCAUCACAACCCCAACAGAACUCAUCUCCUGCGACCAACACUGUAGUAAUGCUGCCUCAACCCGGCUGUCAGGCCCGAGUUUAA